AUGUUCCCUGGUACUAUUUCCAAAGGGCUUUCGAGAAGGUUCCAGUGUCUACGACUGAGGAAAUCAUGCCGCUAUGAAGAUGAAAAUGGUGAUCAAUUAUUCACGUAUCGAAAUGAAGGUACAGGGACGAGACUUCUGUUGUCCCUUGAGGUAGCUUUAUCUCAGUCCCGGUAUUUCCUAGACUCGGGGCUGUGCCAACCAAUCUCUUGGAAUUCAAUAGCGAGGCCAUCGACACCUGACGACAUUCUCUGCCUUCUUGGUUCUCAGGAAGACAUCGAUGUAGUCUACAGUCUCUUCUUUUCUGGGAUACACCAGUGGCUUCCUAUCCUUAGUCCGAAGAAAAUCAUCCAGAGACUGCGUGAUGGAGUUUCAUGUUUUGAUGUGCACUUCUCAUUGUUGGUGCUGAGUAUGAAAGUACUCGGCACGUCUCCUAACAAGCUACCGCAAGUCAUUGCAUUCUCCCUUUAUUUAAAAGCGAAGGAAGUUGCCGGUGAAUUAGAGACCCGUGGCCUCGUCUCACUAGAAUUACUUCAAUCUCUGACUUUAAUAUGCGUCUACGAGAUUGGACAUGGUCUUCAUCCAGCUGCAUUUGUUCAGGUUGCUCGAGUGGCAAGAUUGGCUAUGCUCAUGGGGCUUGCGAACAGAGACAAAAAACAGCUUUUUGAAAUGCCGGAUACAUGGACUGCAAGAGAAGAGGAAAGGAGAAUAUGGUGGGCUAUCAUGUUAUUAGACAGAUUCCUGAACCUUGGUGUUACGGGCUUACCUUUGGCCACUCCUAAGCCGACAAAUAGGGACUUACUUCCCUGCACCGAGGAUGGAUGGGACAGUGGUCAAGUAAGUAUCAACUACCCUCUAUUUGUUGACCGCAUAGAGGCGGAUCUGCCCAUUGGACUUUUCGCCCACACGUGUCAAGCCGCACAUUUGCUGGGGAAUGUGAUCCAACACCGUGAUGGGGAUCCUCAGUUCACUGAUCGUCAGUCCAUCCUCUUAGAAGCGGUUCAGCUUCAUCAAGCUCUUGUCUCGCUAGGGACAUAUUUAAACGACAAAAUUCUCGUGGAGAACGACUUUGAGAAGAAUCAUAUUUUUGCUUUCGCCCUUGUCUGUUCGGCUCGAUUCACGCUAUACGACAUAUAUGGAUGCAAUGAACAUGAUUCUACAUCUCGAAUAGCAGAAGAAAUCUCCAUGCAGCAGACCUCUUUAAUCGGUCUGUACGAAGUAGUCGACAAAAUGGCCUAUGUCUCACGACAGAUACUACGGUUCGCUUCAGUUGCAGAUGAUAGAAGCCUUUUUCAAGUGAAUCCUUUAUUCUGUCAAUGCAUUUACCUGGCUAUUACUGAAUGUGCCUGGAUUUACCGGGAAGAAAAGAGUAGUGAUAGAGCUGCUCAGCUGCGCGAGAUGAUUGAGAUCUUGCAAGCUCUCGGUAGGGUUUGGAGAACUGUUGAUGGAUUUAUGGAGCUGCUGAAGCAAGACGGUAUACUCUUCGAGAUUGGUCAUACAUAG